UUCUCCACGAGACUUUGGAUCAGGCUUUCUUCUGUGGUAAUUCGGUCACAUCUUCCACUAAGCAGCAUCGGUAUGGCGGCGUUACUCAGGACUGGACUCGGCGUUUUGACUAUUUUUAUGGCUUGUAGCGCGCUCGGGAGCUGUUUUAAUCUGACUUUGCUGCACACGAACGACGUGCAUUCUCAUUUUAUUGAAUUCAAUACUCACGGGGGAAGAUGUGUGGAUAAACUGAAGGAAGAAAAGAAAUGCUUUGGGGGGUUUGCAAGACAGGUUACAAAGGCGAAAGAAAUCAGAGCUAGCCGAGACAACGUUCUUUACCUAAAUGGUGGCGAUUUCUACCAGGGUACAGUUUGGUACACCCUACACAGGUGGCAAAUAGUUGCAGAACUUGUCAACACACUCGGGAUUGAUGCCAUGUCUCUCGGAAACCACGAAUUUGAUGACGGCCUCAAGGGUCUCUUUCCUUUCUUGAGGAACUUGAAACCGAAAGUAGUGGUGUGCAAUAUAAAUGCAUCGAAGGUGCCCGAAUUUGCAGAAUUAGUUCACCCUUCCACCAUAAUAGAAGUAGGAGGAGAAAGAAUAGGCGUCAUCGGAUAUCUCACUCCAGAAACAAAGUAUUUAUCGUCUGCAGAUGAUUUGGAAUUCGAAGAUGAAGUCGAAUGCAUCAAGAGAGAAGCCCGACGUCUGUCCACCGAGGAAGGUUUGACAAAGAUCAUGGCAGUGGGUCAUUCCGGUUUUGCCGUGGACCAGAACAUCGCCAGAGAAGUGCCAGAAGUAGACAUAGUGGUCGGUGGACACACAAACACUUUCCUCUACACAGGUUCUUCACCUUCGAUAGAAGAACCCCAGGGACCUUAUCCAGUGGUUAUAGAAAGGGAAGACGGCUCCAGGGCGCUUGUGGUUCAAGACUUCGCUUUCGGGAAGUACAUGGGUUUCUUGGAAGUCGUGUUCGAUGAUGAAGGAAAGGUUACCAGUUGGCAAGGAAAUCCUAUACUGUUGGAUUCAUCAGUGCCUGAAGAGCCAGAGAUUUUGGAAAUCUUGCAGCCUUACGGAGAGGAAGUGAAACGCAGAGUAAGGCAAAAAGUGGGCCAAACGAACGUUCUACUCAAGGGAGAUCGUUUGACGUGUCGCAUGAAAGAAUGCAACCUUGGAAAUUUCUUGGCCGAUGCCGCCCUCGACUAUUUCAUCGAACAGCCAACAGAAAAAGGCUGGAAUUUUGUGGCUGUGUCACUAUGGAAUGCAGGAGGCAUUCGAUCGUCGAUUGAUGAAAGAAUGAAUGAAGGAAAUGUUACCUUCGAGGAUAUUAUAUCUGUUGCACCAUUCGGCAAUACCAUGGACGUUGUAGCUUUGAAAGGAAAAAUUUUAAAAGAAGUUCUGGAAAAUUCUGUGAGAGAAUAUGACUUGGAAGCGAUCGAUCCACCUGGUAAUUUCCUACAGGUUUCAGGUCUACGCGUGACAUACAAUGUCUCGCGGCCAGUUGGUUCGAGACUGGUCGAAGCACUGGUGCGCUGUGCUGACUGCAGGGUACCGAAAUUUGAGCCAAUCGAUGAUGAGAAAGUGUACUGGGUCGUGAUGAGCACAUACAUGACGAAAGGUGGAGAUAAUUUCCCCGCUAUAAAAGAGAACUCGUUAGGGAACAGAAAUACAGAUGAAUUGGACAUAGAUAUAAUCAUCAAGUAUGCACAAAAGAAUUCUCCCAUCAUCACCGGGCUGGAGAACAGAGUGACCGUUCUGUCUUCCAAAGAUGACAAACCCCCAGCUGAAGCAAACGACACGAAUCCAAACAACGCCGGCGAAUCUCCAGAUUCUCACAUAGAAGCAAGCAGCACAGAAGCAGGCAAGGCUGCACCUGAAACAAUAACAGAAGCAUCGCUGGUCGAUAGCCUGAUUAGUGAAAUCAAUGCCGGCUUGGAAGCGAUGAAUACAGGCUUGGAAGAAGCAGGCAAGAAAGCGAAUAAAAUCUUCCAAGUGGACUUCCCAAUAUUAGGUUGAACAUGCGAAUAUUCAUGAAAAAUUUCUCAAGCGUUUUAUCAUAAAGGAAAAGAGCCAUUGUGAAUGGAAUAGUCAUUGGAGAUAUAAAAUUGUUCUUCGAGUUUGUUAUGUAAUAUACUCAGAAUAAAUUUUAUUGUCUUUCAAAAGAAUGCUCUGUUUUUUACAUUUGCU